AUGGUGGUUAAUAAUUCCUUUAAGUCUAUUGCUAAUGCGGGGUUCAAUAUGGAGUCUAAAGUCUCGGAUGUGUUUGCUAAUAAUUCGUGGAGAUGGCCAGCCGCUUGGAGGGAUUUAUAUCCGGUUCUGAUACAGUUGGAUCAAAUGUCCUUUGAUACGCACAGACCUGAUAAACUCGUAUGGCGACAAGGAGAUCAGAUUCAUGACUUUUCUACAUCUCGUGCUUGGGAUUCGAUUAGGCACCGAGAAUUGGAGGUUGGGUCGAGUCGCAUUGUUUGGUUCGGUCAAUGCAUUCCGCGUCAUGCGUUCUUAAUGUGGCUGAUCAUGAGAAGAAAAUUACUCACUCAGGAUAAAAUAUUGUCUUGGGAUUUCUCGCGUAGGAAGAAUAUGGAUAUGAUGUGUUGUUUACUCUGUCAUGCUAACCAUGAUUCUCACAGUCAUCUGUUCUUCGAGUGUAAGUAUUCUGCUCAAGUGUGGCAUAUGGUUAGGUGCAAAGUGGGUAUGGCUUCGGUGCAGGCCAAAUGGGAUGAUAUUGUUAAUUGGCUUCUGUUGAGGUCCAAAUCGAAAUCGGCAGCUGAUUAUAUUACGAGAUUGGGGGUGGCGGCUAGUGCUUAUUUUAUUUGGCAGGAGCGUAAUGCUAGAUUAUUCAAGAACCAGUUGAGACCUCCGGAAAUCCUAAGUGAACUUAUUAUUCAACAGGUGCGGUAUAAAUUGAUGGGAGCGAGGUUGAAGAAUUGUGAUAAUGUGCGGCGACUUCUAAGGGAGUGGGAGAUUGAAGGAACUGAACUCCAUGAUGAUGGCGGCUGA